CCAUAAACUACUUUCUACAGUAUUAAUUCUACUUAAAUAUUUUCAUGUAACUACCUCUCUUCUUCGCAAUUUGAGGCAAAGAACAAAUAGAAACAAAGUCAGAGCAUGCUUUCUGCCUUUCAGUAGCUGACACAAAGAAAGUAUGAUGAACGAAGAUAUCGGCGUCCAGGCCCGAGUUGUGGCGAUCCGUGAGGUGGCCAAGCUCCUGCCGCUGCCGGAGUUCUUGCCGUUGAUACCUUCGACCAAAGCUGAUUACGUUUCUCGCCAGCAGGUGAAUGAUGCACAUCUCAGUACAAUGGUAGCUAAACAGAUUGAACAAGCACAGGCUGGUCUUGAAUCACUUUCCUUAUCCCAGAAGAUCAUUGGCCAAUUAAGAGAGAACUAUGUUUCUGUUGAAAAAUUAUGCCAAGAAUGCCAAACGUUAAUCGAAAAUCAUUAUCAAAUUAGGCUUCUCAGUAACACAAGGAAUAACCUGAAAGCCACCUUGAAGGAUGCGGAGGGAAUGAUGUCGAUUUCUGUUGAUGCUGCUGUAGCACGAGAAUCUCUAAAUGAUCACAAAGAACUCAUCAACACCUAUGAGAGGUUAAUAGCUCUUGAUGCAAAGCGGAGGUUUGCUUUAGCUGCUGCUGUGUCUCAUAAGGAAGAGGUUUGCAGACUAAGAACGUAUUUUGAAGAUGUAGAUCGCACAUGGAAAUGUUUUGAAAAAACACUAUGGGGCCAUAUUUCCAACUUCUUCAAACUUGCUAAAGAGAGCCCACAAACUUUGGUCCGUGCUAUAAGGGUUGUUGAGAUGCAAGAAUAUCUAGAACAGCAACUUGCAAAAGAAGCAUCAGAGGCUGAGGAGGGUGGAACCCUUGCAUCAAUAACAAAACCUCAAAAAAAUAUUAAGAAAUGUGUAAACGCACCAACUUCUCUGAAAAACAAUAUGCAGCAAAACGGGAGGGUCCACGAGAAAAGUUACAAGGAUAAAUGCUAUGAACAUAUAAGAAAGGCUGUUGAGGCACAUUUUGAUCAGCUACUUUGUGAGGAAGACCUUAAAGCUGCCAUAGAUGAGGCAAAAGCGGUGGGGGAAGAGCUUGGAGAUGUGUAUGAUUAUGUGGCUCCCUGCUUUCCUCCUAGGUAACUGCAUGGGCGAUGGAGUACCAAGAUAGUUUAAUUGCACUUGGAGUUGAAGAGUCUUUGGCUCAAGUUUGUUCUGAAAGUGGUUCAAUGGAUCCCCUCAUGAAUGCUUAUGUUGACAGAAUGCUGGUAACAACUAAGAAGUGGUGCCUGAACAUUCUUGAAGCAGAUAAACUGCGACCACCAAAAAUGACCACCAAGGGAAAACUAUAUACGCCUGCUGCUGUUGACUUGUUUAGGAUCCUUGGAGAACAAGUCCAAGUAGUGAGAGACAAUAGAACGGAUGUCAUGCUAUACAGAAUUGCUUUGGCAAUAAUUCAGAUUAUGAUUUACUUUCAAGGUGCUGAGAGAAAGAGAUUAGCAGAAUCUGUGCCUGAAUUUGAUCUGGAAGCUUUAUGUGCAAUGAUAAACAAUAAUCUUCGCUGCUAUGAUCUCAGCAUUGAGCUAUGUUGUAGUAUCACUGAAGCACUUCCAGAUAAAUAUGCUCAGCAGCAGGUUCAUUUUGAGCACUCGUGCAAAGGUUUUCUGGAAGUUUCAAAGAAAGCCAUCCAUGAAACUACCAAGCUCAUUUUUGAAGAACCAACGGUGCAGGAAGUAUUAGGAAAACUGUAUCAGAGGGAUUGGCUGGAAGGACUGGUCACAGAGAGCCUAGUUAAAACAUUUGAUGAUUACUAUGAUGUUGUGAGAACGUAUCUUGAGGAGACAUCAUUUAGUUGUCUUGUUGAGGCUUUGCUGGAGGAGACAGUGAUUUUUUAUGUGGAGCAUCUACUUAUGCAGAAAGAUUACAUCAAGGAAGAAACCAUUGAAAGGAUGAGGCUAGAUGAAGAAAUUCUUUUGGAUUUCUUCCAAAAUGAUAUAAGUGCUUCUAAAGUUGAAAGCAUAUUAAAGAUACUCGGCGAUUUAAGAGAACUCGCUUCUUCAGAGAGCCCAGAUUCCUUCAUACUUGCAUAUACUAAUACUCUGGAGCAUCAACCAGACUGUCCUCCUGAGGUUGUUGAGAAGAUUGUGGGAAUGAGGGAGGGUAUACCACGAAAAGAUGCCAAAGAGGUAAUGUCCAUACAUACCAGUUUUAUAGAACUUGAGAGAAAACGCAACUCAGAAUAAAUGAUCUACUGGAUCGUACUCUUCAACGACUUAUUUGGUAAUAAAUAAAUACUGGGUACUUCAUUAUUUAUUAAUCGCAACAUUGUGACUUUUAAACUAUUCACACGUCUUGUUUUUAGUUUUGACUACGUUUUUCUUCUGAUGCAUAUAAACAAAUCAUUUUAUAUAAAAUAUUACGGAGUAUUAAACUUUUCCUCACAUAAACUGUCAAAAUAUUAUUUUUAUACUUUUAAUCGUACAUAAUUAAGUAUAUUAAUAGUAAAAGUCGUGUGUUGGUAAACAUUAGUGUGUAACUGUUACAAUUAAAAAGGAAUGAGUAGUAUAACACUUCGAAAGAUUUGUGGGACUGGUAUCUAUGGUAGAAUCAUCAAAAGGUUUGCUCCCAUGUAAAUAUGCAAUUCAUUGAUUGAACAUGAUGUGGGAAAUGGGAAUUGCUUGCUUUCACAAACAGGUGGUUCACAAGUGCAAAAAAGUGUACGAAAGUUAUCUGGUGAAUGGAAGUCCUCCUAAUAGGGGCUUUGUUUUCCCCAAGGUGAAGUACUUGUCGGAUGAUUCUGGGGUCUCCAGCUUUUGGAAAAAGCUAGCAUAAGCAGAUCGAAAAAGUGGGAUAUUAGGACAGUAUUUAAGAAUACAAAGCCUGACACAUGGCUGAUAGUUUCAAUGUAAAGCAGUAAAGUAGUAGAGCUAACCCAUAUUUUCAUCUUUAUCAGGUAAUUUUGUACUCCGUAGUCCGUAUCAAACACAAUUUUUUUUUUAUUUUUCAUGCUGAAUUGAUGUAAUAAUCAAAAUAAAAAAGAGUGAAGCUACUUUUCUGACUAAAUAGAUGCCAUGGUAGAGUAUCAUUUUACUUGA